UAAACUAGAUCACAUAAAAACAUCUGUCAAUUCUUCACUUGGGUGAAGAAUUCACCCAACUGAAUCCCCAUGGUGUACUUCAUGAAAAGUGUUUCAUAAGAAAAAUAUGUCAGUCAUUGUGCAAUUUUAGUGUAAAUCUACAAUAUAUUGCUGGCUUUUAGUUGCUGUACUUUCACAGUAAUUUUUCACAGUAGAAGUUCCACAGUUUUUUACAUUUACAUGGCAACUAUAUACUAGUAUUUUAUUGUAACAAAUUACUAUUAAAUCUUAUAAAAUCCUGGCACUCUACAGUGCAACAAGUGUAUUGUUUUCUUUUACAUGUGGCACCUGUACUAUGCAGGAACGCAACCUUAUGUAUGCUUAUUGUCAUAAUCGAAGAAACAAAUUCCACAAACUCAUCUAACCAAUAAUGUCUGGCACACUUUUGAAGCUAUAAUUGUGCAUGACUCGUUUGAAGCAUCUACACCAUAUUGUAAAACAUGUCGUUAACAAUUUCAUUUCGUAGUUUAGUUUUGUUUAAGGCUUUUGCAUGACCACUCAUCCUACACAAGACCACUCAUCCUACAGUUGAAGGUGUGUGCGGGAAACAUUUUAAAUGAUAGAUUCUUAAGUCCUAGAGACAGGUACAACCAGAACUACCAGGUCUAAACUCUCUACCCAGCCCAAAAUCUUCCCUGUGGGUGUGUGUGAGGAAUAAAAGGACCAGUUCUGUUCCCAAAAUUACACACUUUUGACCAACUUUAACAGACAUCACAGGGGAACUGCUCUUUAUAGCUUCAAAGAUCACAAGAUGGCAUUAUUCCAGAAGUUUCUCCAGCAAGUUAGUGAAGAUGACAGUACCAGGGGCUUUAAAGGUGGUCCUGCUGAGACGGCAUACUUUGGAACAGUCAAGGCUGAUCCUAACUUAAAUGCCCAAAAUGAUGCUGCAAAAUUGAAGAAAGCCAUUGAGACCAAAGGUGUGGAUGAAGCCACUAUUGUGGAGGUGCUAGCAAAGAGGAGCAAUGCACAGAGACAACAAAUCAAAGCAGCUUAUCAGCAAAGUGCAGGAAAACCUCUGGCAGAUGAUUUGAAAAAGGCUCUGAAGUCACAUUUUGAGGAGGUGGUCCUGGCCUUGUUGAUGACACCACCAGAGUAUGAUGCUUUUGAAAUGAAAAGAGCCAUGAAGAAUCUUGGGACAAAUGAGGCUGUCUUAAGUGAAAUUCUGGGAACCAGAUCAAACAAGGAGAUCACAGCGAUGAAGAAUAUGUUCAAAGAAGUGUAUGGAGAGCUGCUGGAGGAGGAUAUUAAAAGUGAAACUACAGGGCAUCUCGAGACUGCUCUGGUUGCCCUUUGCAAGGCUUCCAGGAGUGAAGAUUGCAACAUUGAUGAUGGACUGGCUAAGAGUGAUGCAAAGGCUUUGUUUGAAGCAGGAGAGCAUCGUGUUGGCACUGUGUGCUCUGUCCUGAUUGAAAUCCUCACAACAAGGAGCGAAGCUCAGCUGUGCAAAAUUUUCAAGUAUUACGGCCAAUACAGCAAGCAGAAUUUUGCUAAAGCCCUGGAGGGUGAGCUGCAUGGAAGCCUUGAAGACUGUCUGAUGACUAUAGUGAAGUCUGCUUGGAACAAACCUUCUUACUUUGCAGAAAAGCUCCACCUAGCUAUGAAGGGAUUAGGAACCAACACUGACACACUGACUAGAAUCAUUGUGAGCCGUUCAGAAAUCGACCUGCUAAAAAUCAUUCAAGAGUACAAGAAGAUGUAUGGCAAAACCCUUCAGGAAGACAUCCUGAAGGAAACUAGUGGAGACUAUGAGAAGAUUCUGCUGGCUCUCUGUGGCACUCAAUAAACAUUUCUUACGCAACUAGAUCACCUGAAAAAUGUUUGGCAAUUCAUCAAUUCAUACAUUUUAUUCUGCACCACAUAAACACAACUAAAUCUACCCAUGGUGUGGUUCAUGAGAAGUUCUUCAUUGAAAUAGAAAAAAAAAAAAAAAAAAAACAGUCAUUGUGCAACUCAUUGUGUAUUGUUUUCCUUUACCAAUAAAUUCUGUUGGACACUGGAA